CACACAUUGUGUAUAAACAUUAAACGCUGUAGAGUCUAAAAGAUUAGUGUAUCUUUUUCUUCUGUUCAAACAGUUAUUAGCAAUCGAUCGAGAGAUAAUUCGUAUUUAAAAACUGUAAACUAGGUAUCUGUUUGUACAUCGUGAAGAACAGUUAUGUUCCUACUGAUCCUUGAUAAUAACAUUAAUGUUUCCAAAUACCAGAAGUAAUCGAUGAGGCCACAGAACUUUACAGAAUUUACUAUACGUCAUCUACGUUUUUUCAUAAAGGAGUGGCUAUAUAACCGUUUCUGUUAAAUAUGCGAUAACGAAUAAUGAUUACUCGGAGUCUGAGUCAAACUCCUUACCAAAUGCAUACAUGGGUGAAUACAAAUUUCUAAACAGAACGAUACACAAUGACGGAUUCAAAAAUGCUAGACUGUGACAAACAGAUAACAUCAAAAAGUCAGUAUAAUGAAUGGAAACGGACCUACACCAAUAACUCUUGCUGAGUAUAAAGUACAACAUCUCAGGACAUUUGAAGUUGCGCCAAAAAAUCUUCUACCUAAUACACAAACAGCUGUUGACCUUUUGUUGCAAGAAUGCUAUACACAUGUGCGCAGUUUUAAUAUGUCACUUGUCAAUUACAACAAUGAACCAUACCUUCUCUUAACUGAUCCACGUAAUGGAAAUCGUGAAGUUGAACGUUUCCGGGUUAGUAGUUUAAUUUACCCGCGAUAUCGAUCUACUCCACCAUCAGUGUGUCCUGUUAACAACCUACUUACAUUCACCAUUAAAGCUGGUUCAAUGGGUGACGGACAUCCUAAACGCAACGAAAUACAUCUAUUUCAAGUCUUAAAUUGUCCGGCCCAAAAAGUUGUGAAUACUCUUUUGAGGGAAGGAGCUUUAGAUCAUGAUUCAAAUGAAAACGAUUUUAACGAUUCACAGUUAAUACCGAGAGCACCAUCUGAACCAGAUGUAAUGAUGCCAUUACAAACACGUCCAAUGGAAAUGCAAAUGCCAUUGUUACCCAAAGAAGAUAGUAUAUAUAGUGAAUCACAAAUCAAUCGUGAAUGGAUCGAUCGGGAGGUUUCAUUGUUAAAUUACUGUUUUGAUGAUAUUGAAAAGGAUCUAAAAGUUAUUAAAAGCCGAACAAGUAAACAGUUUGCUAAUUCAAAACCUUCAAUUGCUACAUCAAGCCGGUCCAAAUCUCGAAUUUCAACUGUAUCUACAGAUCAGUCGACAGCAUCCCUGCCUAUAGAUCUUGAUGAACAACUGAAGACAUCUGCAGUUGAUUUCUAUCAAAAAGUAAAGUUUGCAGCCAUUCUCUUAGCAAGACUUGAAGGCUAUGUUGUGGAUCCAAACUCUUCUGUCCUAGUAAGACAAUUGUUCGCCCUUUUAAAAUAUGCAGUUGAUGCUACUCGAUAUCCAAAGACAAAGAAGUCAAAUAUUGCUCGGUCAAUUACUCAACCAAGAUUCCCAUUCCAUGCAAUUCUUUUCAUUCAGUCGAAUUUAACGCAAGAAUACGAAAAGUUAUGGCGUAACCUUGGAGAAGCUUGGAAUACACCUAGAGAGGAAUACCCAAUGAAAAUGACGUCUUCAUACCAUACUUUGAUAAUGGAUUCAUUGCAAGAGACAAGAUAUAUGAUUCCAGCAGGUGCUGUCAAGUCUCCAGGAUCAAAGAGAGAUAUUGUUCAGGUUAUUGAUUCAUUUCAAGCAAAGGCUGAACAAGAAUUAACAGUAGAGAAAGGAGAAUGGGUGGAGAUCAUGGAUACUGUCCAGGAUCAGUACUCAAAACUCGAGGAACCAUAUGAUCUUAGAAAUAUGACGAAUUCUCAAGCAAGUAUGAGUAAUAUACAAAUUACAGUUAACGAAUAUAACUAUAAUAUUUCUGAGAAAACUAAUCUGCACUUAGAAAACGGCCGCCGGUGAUUUAGUGAUAGAACGCUCGCUAACCACGAAUGUGAUCCGAGGUUCGAUCCUCGGCUGACUCACUCCUAAACUUCGCUAGGCUGGUAGUAAGGUCGGUAAGCAUGGAAGGUUGAGCAUGAGGCUAGCAACCACCCUCCGUAAAAAUAAAAUCCAUUCCAACUGAAACUUCAGAGUUCUUGCUUGAAGCUCUAUAUUCCACUGGGAACUCGAAAGCCUAGAAUAUUUUUUUUUAAAUUAAAAAAACAUAUCGGAAAUUAUAUGACUAUUUAUGUUGUUACAUUAUGACACCGGUUGAUAUUAUGGUCAAUGCUUUUGAGUGAAAGACCUAUGGUGGACCUAAUUAGAGAUGAGAAAAUAAUCGAUAAUUUGCACCAAUACUAAAAUAUUUCGAAUCUGAAGAACUUCUCAGUACACAGCCUGUUGUUCUAAGUCAUUUCAUAAGUUUGGUGGCUUCCACAUUGCGUAGAUGUUAAUAAUAAAGAUAUUUUCAGUGGUUUGAGUCCAUUCUAACCAUUAAAUGAAAAAGUACGUUUCUAUUUUCAAGCAUUAUUUAUCAAUUUCAGCAUUAGCAUAAAAUGUAAAGUAUAAAAAUCUGACUAACUUUUCCUAUUUAGAAAAAUAUUACUAUCUGAUUUCUAAAGAAUUUGAUAGAUGUCCGUUGUUUAUGAAUGCUAACAACCAAAUUCACUAGACCCAAAAGAAUUCAAGGUUUUGUUGUAAAUUUCUGACAUAACUCUCUAUAAACUCAUCAUUUCCGAGGGCAACUGUUUCAAGGUAGAACUGCAGGCAAAAGAAAACAAUUUAAUUUAAUUUUAGAUUUUCCCGUCGAUUGAUAGGACCAAAGUGCUCAGUCUCAGAGAGCAAUGGAAUCCAGGAUGCGUAUUUCAUCCUAUUUGGGACUCGUGGAUAACGCUUCGGAGUUUGAAACUAUGGGCACUGGGUUCGAGCCUCGGUGGGAACAUCACCACUCACUGAGGAAUACAGGUGCAUCCAGCUGACGAAUUCCAGAUGGGACGAAAUGCGCACCAAAUUAACC